AUGAUUGCGGUGAUUGGAAUUAUAGCGGCGAUAUUUGCCGUGUGGCUUUACGUCGGUCUUCUGGAAACUGUUCUAGUGGGUGUAACUCUUAGUUUUCUAUAUGUUGUGAUAUUUAAAUCAAGAUGGUGCUAUGUAGCUAUAACGACAGCGCCACGAGACCUCAGGGCGUUAUGGUGUUAUAUUAAGAUUUUGUGGACAGCAAAAAAAUUUUCUAGCAAAAACUAUACUCUACCAGAUAUAUUCCAUGAAACAGUACAGAAACAUCCGAAUAAAACAUGUUUCUUAUUUCAAAAUCAAGUUUGGACUUUUGCUAUGGUGGAAACGUUCAGUUUACGCGUCACUGCUGUGUUGAAAAAUCAAGGGAUCAAGAAAGGCAAUAUAGUUGGUAUGCUCAUGAACAACUGCCCCGAAAUGCCAGCAAUAUGGCUCGGCAACGCACGGCUUGGCGCUAUUUCACCACUCAUCAACACAAACCUUCGUGGCAACGCGCUAAUACAUUCGAUUAGCGUUGCCAAAUGUGACGUUCUUAUAUUUUCCGAUGAAUACCAAUCAGCAAUUCAAGAAAUAUCAAGUCAGUUAGACCCCAAAUUAAAGCUAUUCAAGUUUACUCAUAGACCUCUGAAUGCGAGUACAUCGGAAAAACUUGCGAGUGGGGAUGGAAUUUGUGACUUUACUGCGUUACUCGAGACCACUCCUCCAGCGCCCUGGACUUUGGCUGACGCCAAUGGGUUUAAUGGAGAACUUCUAUAUAUUUACACUUCGGGAACAACCGGACUUCCUAAAGCAGCUGUGAUAUCAAAUUCAAGAUUUGUAUUUAUGGCAUGUGGUCUCCACAAUUUGAGUUUAAAUUCUUCCGAUAUUGUCUACUCUCCUUUGCCUUUGUACCACACGGCUGGUGGAGUCGUCAGUGUGGGACAAGCUUUAUUAUUUGGAUGCACAGUGGUACUGAAGCCUAAGUUCUCAGCCUCACAAUAUUUCCCCGAUUGCGUGAAAUAUAAUGCAACGGCAGCGCACUACAUAGGCGAGAUGUGUCGUUACGUGCUGGCGACGCCGCCGUCCCCCUCCGACAAGGAGCAUAGUGUCAGGGUCAUAUACGGCAACGGAUUACGACCGCAGAUUUGGGUAGAAUUCGUAAAACGUUUUAAUAUUCAACACGUCACUGAAUUUUAUGGAGCAACCGAGGGAAAUGCUAACAUCGCAAACACUGACGGCACGCCGGGCGCCAUCGGUUUCAUAUCAAGAAUAAUACCAAGUGUCUAUCCUAUAGCUAUCAUCAAAGUUGAUCAAGAAACUGGCGAGCCUGUGAGGGACUCUAGGGGACUCUGUCAAGUUGCCGCAGCAGGAGAACCGGGAGUAUUUGUGGGCAAGAUAUCACCAAACAAUCCCACACGAGAGUACCUCGGUUACGUCGACAAAUCCGCAUCCGAUAAGAAGGUGGUGCGAGACGUGUUCAAACACGGCGAUUCUGCUUUUAUAUCUGGUGACAUUCUAGUAGCGGACGAGCUCGGCUACCUGUACUUCCGCGACCGCACCGGCGACACGUUCCGCUGGCGUGGUGAGAACGUCAGCACGAGCGAGGUCGAGGCCGCCAUAUCGGCAGUCACGAAGCAACGCGACGCCGUUGUUUAUGGUGUAUUGGUGCCGGACACAGAAGGUCGGGCGGGCAUGUGCGGUAUUGUGGAUACCAACGGCACGCUAGACCUGGACAAGCUUGCGAAGGACUUGUCGCGCCACCUGCCGCCCUACGCCAGGCCCAUCUUCAUCAGAGUUAUGACUAGCAUGGACAUGACCGGUACAUUUAAAAUGAAGAAGACUGACCUGCAAAAGGAAGGUUUUGAUCCGAGUUUGGUAAAGGCUGAUAAACUUUAUUACUUGGAUUUGAAACAAAUGAAGUACCUUCCAUUGGGACCUGAAGAGUAUCAAAAAAUUCUCAAAGGGCAAAUUAGACUG